AUAUUUUCAAAUUUUAAGUAUUUUAAUAAAAUACAGUCUCAAGCAAUUGACAUUCUUUUGUAUACAGGUACUUAUUUAUUUUAUUAUCAUAAAUUAUUUUAGUUAAUAGUUUAACAUACACAGCCUAGUGGUGUAUCAAGCUUUUUGUCGCCCUUAGGCUAAUUUUUUUUGGCUGCUCCCUCUAGUACAGUGGUUCCCAGUUUUGUGUUUUAUACAUGAUUCUCUAACUCAAUUAUCUAUUUUUCCACAGAACAUUUUAAUUUGCUGAUUUAUCCGACACUUAUAAUACUAAUACAUUUAAUAUAAGUGUAUUAUUAUAUAAAUAUAUUAGACAUUUAAAGUUAUUCUUAUUUAGAUGUUUCAAAAUUAUAAAAUACAUAAAAAUUAAAAUAUACAUAUUCUAAAAAAAUUAUAUACAAUAUUUUUACAGAAAUAUAUUUAUGGAUUUUUUUUCACCAAAUGUUUUCAUUUCAUCUUUGAAUUCCAGUUCUAUCGUUAAUUCAUUCUCAAUCCAUAAUAUUGCUAACGUGUUCAAUCAUUCUUGGCUCAUUGUCAAUCUUUCGUAAUUUUUUAUUUUUUUUUUAUGAAAAUAAUCUUUCUGCAGAAUUAUGUGUGACUAGAGUACAAAUAAAUAUUCUUAGAAUAAUUUCCAUGUUUGAAUAAAUUGUUUUAAGGUCAUUUUCAUGAAUAAAUAUUUUUAAGUUUUUAAGUUAAGUGAUUUUCUGUACACAAUUUAUCAAACAAAUGUUCCAAUUUUUUUUAUGCAAAGAAUAUAAAUUUUAAUAUUAUUGAUUAAUUCAUUACUAUUUUAUUUUUAUUUGCCAACUCCCCUACUCAAAAUUUCUGCUUCCCUAGAUGGAGUAUAGAUGGAGUGUUAGUUAAAAACAUUUUUUUCAUUGAUAUUUUUUAUUUUCGUCAACUAGUUAACGAGAUAUUCCACUUUUUAGUUUUGUUUAAGGGAAAGAAAUGGUGUAUCAUUUGUGUAGUAGCAUGGCGUGUGGUGUUUUCAUAGUGUUCCACUACAGCAAAUUGUAUUUAUAUAUUUUCUAGAUAAGUCACUAGUUGUAUCUUUACCAACUGGAUCAGAAAAAAAAGUUAUUUUCGAAUUUUCAAUAGUUUGUUUUUUAGAAAAGUUUCCUAACUGUGUAGAAAAUUCGAAAAUUAUUUAUGGUAAGUAAUACUUAUAUAUUAUUUCUAUAAUUGAAAAAAAGUAUUUUUUUUUUCUUUAUUUGGGUUCUUAAGCUAUUAUUAUUAAUUUAUUAUGCAUUAUAAUAUUUUUACUGUAGUUACUUAAAAUUAUUACUAAAUAGGAUUAAAAUUAAUUUAACUGUAUUAAUAAUACUCUAUUAUAAUAAUAAAAUAAUUAUUUUCCUCAAUUAUAGUGUCCUCAAUUAAAGCAACAUGUUCUGAGCAUUAUAAAGAUUGGAAAAAUAAAUUUUCAAAUCAUGGCCUUAAAUGUACUGAAGUAACUGGUGAUACAGAUUUUUCUAAAGAUAUGCAUUUGAUCAAUAAUAAUCAGCUGAUAAUAACUACUUUAGAAAAAUGGGAUUCAUUGAUGAGAAAAUGCAAAGAUAUAAAAUACACAUUAGGCACAGUUAAAUUAUUUUUGAUUGAUGAAGUAUAGUUAUUUUUAAAUAUUAUUAUUAUUUGUAUUAAAUUAAAUGACUAUGUACAUUUUUGUAAGGUACAUUUAAUAAAUGAAGUUGACCAAGGAGCUACAUUAGAAACUAUUGUCAGUCGCAUGAAAAUUAUACCAAAACAUGUAAAUAUAAACAAAUAUUAUUAAUAUUAUAUAAAUAACAGGUAGGUAUGUAUUAUUUAUUGUAUUAUAUAGACAAAUAUGAAUGAUUUUACAUUACGUUUUGUGGCUGUAUCCACUACAGUAUCAAAUAUUGAAGACCUUGCAGAAUGGUUAUGUAUUGAUCAAAAUAAUCCAGCAUGUUACUUAAAGUAAAUUGUAACAUUUAUUUUUAUUAAUAAACAUUAAUAAAAAAAAAAAGAUUUCAAAUAUUAAUUAAAUUUGAUAAUAAAUUAUUUCAUAGAAGUAAUGAAGAUGAAAGACCAGUAAAAUUAAAAAAAAUUGUAUUAGACUACAAAUGUAUAACCAGUAGUUUCAAAUUUGACUUAGACCUUACUCAUAAACUCAAAUCAUUAAUACGACAAUAUUCAAAUGGGCAAUCCACCUUAGUGAGAAAACAAUACAUUUUUUAUUGACUGACAUUUUAACUUUUAUAUAAAUAUAUAAUAUAUAUUUCAAUAUAAAUGUAGAUAUUUUGUGGUACACAAAAGAGUGUUGAAUACACUUGUAGUAUUUUAGUAAAAGAUACUAAAAUAAUUGAAUUAUGUGAGGAUAAACAAAGACAUAUUAAUGAAAUUUCAAAGGAAAUAUAUAAUAAAACAAUCAAAGGUAUUUAUAGUUUAUUAUAUUUAUUUCCUGUAUAUCUAUGUAAAAUUUCUAUGUAAAAGUAUAAAUAAUGGAUAUUAUACUUUAUUUAUUAAAAAAAACACACAUAUAUUUUAUCCUUAAUUGGAUAUUUCAUGUAUUGUCUAUUGAAUAUUUAUUUUUAUGUUUUACGAAUUUUUAAGAAUUUGUUAUAGGUAGGUAUAUAGGAACAUAUCAAUACGUAUAAUUAUAAUAUAAGGGAUUAAUCUAUUAAAUAUCUGUAAACCAUACCUAAUUUAAACCAAUACAUUUUUAGUAAAUAUGUAAGUUCUUAAGUUGCCUACUCGUAUUUUAUUUAAAUUUGCAUUCCAAAUGAUUUAUUAUAAACUCAUUAUAGUUUAUUAUAAAUUAAAUCAAUAGGGUAUAACAAUAAGGGUUAUAUAUACUAUAUUAAAUAAUUCUUAGUAUUGUACAAAUACUUUGUAAGAAUACUGUACAAUCUAUUGCCUACCUCAUUAAUAUUAUUUGGAUUUCCAAAUAGGUAUACAAAUGUGCUUACUUGUAUUUAAUUGCAUGUCAUAAUUAUUAUGUUUGAUAGUAAUUGGUAUAUUGAAAAUUGAAUAUAUACCUACCUAUAGGCCUUGGUUUGGUUUAAUAAUAGAAAUAUGAGUAAAUGAAAUGAUAAAAUUUACUUUAUGUUCUUUGACUCCUUUGUGUGGUUUCUAGCAAAUUGUAUUUUAUUUUGUAUGUUUAUUGUUAAUCUUUAUUUUAUAUAAUAUAGAUUUGCUACAACACGGUAUUGGUUGUCUCUAUGCUGGGAUGACAAUUCAAGAAAGAAUCUGUAUAGAAAAUUUAUUUCAAGUUGGUUGUUUAAAUAUUCUUGUUGCUACUAGUACACUAGGUAUUUUCAAGCAUAUAUUUAGUGAAUACGUUCUGUAGAUUAUAUUAUUGAUGGAAAUUAUUUUACUAUAGCGAUGAAAGUUAAUAUUUUGGCACAGUUGAUUAUAAUAAAAUCUACUGAAUAUUAUACUUUCAACUGCUAUAAAGAAUAUAACGAAUGUCAAGUAUUACAAAUGAUUGGAAGAGCUGGGAGACCUCAAGUUGAUACUUCUGCUACUGCUAUUAUCAUGACGAAACAAUCAACAAAGGUAUAAUAUAAUUUAUUGUUUAUAGUACACAUAUUUUAUUGAAUUUAGCUUCUACUUAUAUAGAAAAUUCCAAAAUAUUACAUAAAAAAUAGAACCAUUUUAUUUAUUUUAUGGUUAAAUAAAGCCUAGUAAUAUUCCAUACACCACAUUAGUGUAAAAAUACGAAUUGAAUAAAAGUUUAAGGUGUAAAUAUUAUCAAUAAAUUAUUAAAUAAAUUCCUUGUUUUAUAAAAAGUUUUAGUAACUGUUUAUGUAUAAGUACACAAAAUAAUAAUUUAUUGAUUUCAAACAGAUUAGUUUUUAAAAAAGUAUAACAAUUUUAAACACAAAUAAAACACAAUAUUUGAAAUGAUAUGUUAUUGAUUACAGACAUUGGUAUGUCAACACAUAAAAUUUAACCUUGUAUAAUUUGAAAUGCUAUGCACAUAUAAAUGUAAAAAAGAACUGAUACUGGGUAUGGGAGCGGCCACUGUUAUAGGUGAAAAUUUGGGAAGGUAGGAUACAUAAAGUUAUUCCAUUUAUAUCUGUUAGCAAUUAUAGAUCAUUGCUUGACGAAAGACGAUUCUAAGCGCAGUUCAGUAAUACAUAAUUUGAAGUGCCGUAAUUUUUUUUUGCAAUUUUCGUUUUAAAAUUUAAUUUUAAAACUCGUAUAAAAAAAAAAAAAAAAUUGGUCUGAUGAUUUUGGAAAUUUUACCAGGUCUAGGUAAUUCCAAUAUAAUUAUUAUUACUAAGUUUCAAGCCUCUACGUGUAUUUAUAAUGGGGAAAUUUAUACAGUAAAAAAACUUCAAAAAAUUAAAAUUCUUUAAAAACUCAAAAGUUUUUGGCCAUGAUACCCUAAGAAAACAAAUCUAAAAGUCAACAAAAAAGGUGUCUUGUGAUUUUUCAAUUAAAUCAUUUUUUCUGAUAGAAAAUGUCUUCUGUGUUUUUACAAAAUAAUGAAAUUGUGAAAUUGUACGUUUUCCAACAUUUUUUCCCACCUAAGUACUUUUAUUUAACCUCUUUAAACUACAAUAUAGACAAUUCGAGUUUUCAGAAAAGUUGCUACACAUUAUAAUCGAAGCAAGUUUACUAGGAAAAAACGUGUCCACAAACUAGAAGAAAGAAAGAAAUAAACAUCAUUGUAAAACCAAUAGCUCCAUCGCUAUGCUCGUAAUCUAAAAUGUACAAAACAAAUUAGUUGUUUACUGAGUAGAUAACUUUAUGUAUAUAUAUAUUUUAAAUUGAGUAUUGUAUUAAAAAUUAAUACUACAUUUUAUUAUAAAAAAAUAUAUAUUUAUUUAUGCAUAGUUGUAAAUUAAAACAACUAUUUAUUAUAUAAAAUUUGUUUGUAAUUAUUUAUAAUGAAAAAUGUAGGUAUCAACAAAAAUAAAAUAAAAAACAGAUAAUUAUAAUUGUUUUAUCUUAUCUUGUAAGGUUUGAUACAUUAUUGCUAAAUGGACUAGCAUUAUCUUGAAAGGUGAUUUUUGGUACAAAACCACUUUCUCCAUCAAUAUAGUAUGAUACUGUCAUGAGUCUACCAUCUGGAAGAUACACAAAGUAUGAUCCUUCUACACGACCUGUAUCUUUUCCAACUUCGUUUUGUCCGUAAUAAUUUCCACUUGGUUGAUCUUCCACUUUGUAUUGGUAUUCAUACUUGAAAUGAGAAUUAAUUGCAUUAAUUAUUUUUAAAUUCUCAAACUUAGUUAAAUUCAAUUAUAAACAAAUAUUUUUUUUUAAAUUUUGAACAAAAAUCAAAUUAAAUUUAUUGUUUCUAUGUUCAUAUUAAAAUUAUAAUAUCAAUAUUUAUUAGGUUAUUAAGUUACUUAAAUGCAAAUAUUAAAAUACUUACCCGAAGAAAUUAAAAAAAUAUGAAAUAAAUAUUAUUAUAUAAUAAUUUGUAAUAUAUCAUAUAUAAUUUAUGAGCCAUUUAUUUAGUCUGGUAUUAUGAAAUUUAAUUUGGUGUUUUAUAACUACUAAGGCAAAAAAAGAAAAUAAUAAUAAUAUAUUAUCCCUAUUGUAGUGAUAUAGAAUUAACUGGAGUUUAAAUAGGAUGUUUUUCCUCAAAUUUUGGUAUUUAAAUGGUUAAUGCAUUUUAAUUUUAAAGUAUUCAUCUUUUGUAAAGAGUUUUGAUUUUCAUAUUGGAAACAAUAUUAUAUUUUACUAGCUAGCAUAUUAGUCAUAUGACAUACUUAUUACAGUUUAGCUCACUUUUAAAAUGAUACAAUGUAAACUAUAUAUAUACUAUACAUAGUAUAGGUAAUUUAUUUAUAGUGAUUUAUAAUAUAUUUAAUAUUAUAUAUUACAUUUUUAUUCUGUAUUUAGUUUGAAAAAUUAAAUAAUAAUUUUUCUUUUUUAUUCAUAGUUUUACAUCUGUUUACAAUAAUCUAUAAUAUAAAUAAGUAGGUACACAGUGUUAUAAUGGUUACUUAUUAAUCUUAUUAAAACUAGAAGGUAAAAUAAAAAUAAUAAAUUUUAAAAAUAGGUAUAUUAAGGUAUUUCUAACUUAAUAGGUACCAUGUUGUUUGAAAUAUCAAAUUUUUAGUUAAAAAUAAAAAUAUAAUAUUCAAACAACAUGGUACCUAUUAAGUUAGAAAUACUAUAUUUUUAUUUUUAACUAAAAAUUUGAUAUUUUAUUCUAUCCUUAAGGAUUAAUAUAACACUAGGUGUAUUUGCAACUAAAUUAUUUUGUAAUACAUUUUUUUUAUAAAAGUAUUUUCUUAUACUUCGUUGUAAUUUAAUAUGUAGGUAUGUAGUUAUUGAACUAUUGUAAUAAAUGUAUAUAGGUAAAAAUAAAAAGACAAGCAUUAUUAAAUAAUUUUAUUUUUAAAUAGAUACUUCUUAGAUAUUAUUCUUAGUUGCUAUUAUUUUGAAAUUAUAAUAUUUUAAAUAGUUAAAUAAUAAUACUAAUUACAAGUAAUAAAAUGAAGAUCUAAGUACUUACGGGUGUUGGUUUUUCUGAAGUUUGGACCAUUAAUUCACCUUGAGGACGACCUUGGACAAACAUUAUCCAUGUAAAUAAAACAAUACAAAAUGCUCCUUCUUUAAUGUUCAUCAUGAAAAUGUAAAAAAAAAAAAACUUCGAUGAAGACUAAAAUACUUAUUUAGUGCUCUGAUGCACAAACAAAAUAAAUAUAUCUACUAAGGUUUACACCAAAUUCAAAUCUUCAGAAUUAAUUUUUUGUCGCUGUGAGUCUCCUUUAAAUACAAACCUCUCCCUUUUCAUUUUUCAUUCCCUCUUAGAGUUUAAGCAAAAUUUUGCUCCGCCCUCAAAGGAAAGUACGAGUUCCUAACUACAUAUAUAUAAAUAUAAAUUUUAAAUGAAUGGAUAUUUUAAUAAUACGAGUAUACAUAAUAUUGUUUUUUUAAAUUGAGUCUUAAUAUUUUUUUUAUUUAAGUGAAUGAACAAAUACCAAUAUAUUUUUUAAUUAUUUAUUUAAAAUCAACAAAAUAAUCUUAACUAUUUAUUUGGUUUCUUUAUAAAUAUAGAAUUAUUAUAUAACUUUUAAAUUUAUACUUUAGUGAAUAAUUAAUGAUUAUAAAUACAAAAAUAAUACUUAAAUCUAUUUAGAUUAAAAUUCAUUAAAAGUUAUAUAUGUAUGGUUAUUUAUUCGGUAUUUGUUCAUUCUUUUGAAAUGUGUCAGCAAUUUUUUAAAAUUAAAAAUUUGUAUUUUGAUAUAUAACAGACUAUAUCAGAAAAUAGAUUUGUUAGGUAGGUACUUGUUAAAAGUUUUAAUUUCAAUGAAUUAAUUUCUAUAAGCAUAUUUUUUGGUUAAUAUUAUAAAUAAUGUUCUGAAUAAAAUAUAAAUUGUUUUGUACAAUAUUUAGUAAUUCAACUACAUUUUCUAAAUUUUGGAAUUUUUAGCACACUUAUAUUUUAAUACAAUCAAACCUACUGUUUUAUUUUUUUUAAAAUUAAGUUUGAAUUUCUUCAAAUUUCUAAUUGUGUGUGUUCUAAUCGACACAGUGUGUAUAGUUUGUAAUUUAAAUUAAUGACCACAAUAUUACAAAUGUCUAUUAAACAUCUUUUCACCAUUAUAUUUUCGUGGCUGGAAGGUUUUGUGAUUUUAGUCAAACCUAUUUAACAUUUGUAUUUAGACAGUUGGGCUAAUAUAUUAUUUAUUACUUCUCUAGAACAUUAGACAAUAUUGGGAAAAUGUUUUUCUAUUCUAUUUUUACUAUGAAAAAUAUAGAUAUAUUUUAUAGUGUUUAAUUUUAAAUGUAUUGUAAUGAUGAAUACGAUUAAAGAGGAAUUAAUUUUUUUUAAUUAAUUGAUACAACUUUUUAUAAAUUGUUCACAAAUAAAAAUUGGUUUCCAUUAAUCAAUAAUUAGUUUUUAUAACUAUUCUAUAAUGUAUGCAUAACUUGGUUGUUGCUUAGCUUAAAAAAUAUUUGUUUCAAAAAUCAAGAGUCAUAAAUAUUAAAUACCUCAAUAAAGAUUAUUAUUUUUUUUAACAAUAUAAUAAAAACAAAAAUAUUUAUUUACAACAAUGGGCAAUAGAGUUCAAGUUACCAAAAUUAAAAUCUAACUCAAUAAAGUAUAAAAAUAAAUAUAAAUAAAUAAAUAGGUACAUUAGAAAAAAACAAUUGUAUUCAAUAUUACAUGGUAAUAGAAUCUUAAUGCGAAUCUAUGUAUUGUAAUUUUUUCUUUUUCUUUCUCAUCAACAAACUAUGUUAGACAGCUGGAAUGUAUUGAGUAUAAUGGUAGAAUUGCUAGUCUACAGUCUACAAUAUUAAAAAUGUCAAGAGUGAAUUAUAACUUUUAAUUAUAAAUAUUUUUUUCUAUUAAACUUUCUCACAUAUAUUUAUAGCCCGAAUCUAUAAUAAUAAUUUUUUUAAGCAAUAUUUUAUAUUGUAUGUAUUAGCCUACAUUUACUGAAACAAUUUUAUAAUAUAAGUUUUGUAAAAGCCCAACUGUAAUUACUGUCAAAUUUAUUCUUAUCUUCUAUAUUUACUUUAUGUACUCUGUAUCUUCGAAUUGUGCUAUUAACUAAAUCCAUUAUCUAUGUCCAUAUGCUUAGAAUAUAUGAGACUCCUUAGUAUUGGAUAUUACGUUAUGCUUUCUUCACAUUGUUGUAUCCAUAUGCAAUGUUAACCUUUGAACUCAAUGCGUAAUCAACAUUGCAAACCACCUCUGUAAUAAUUACAUACCUGCCAUUCUUAGAUACGCCAACGGAUGCCUUCUUGAUAAAAUACAAGUUGCUUGGUAGUACCUGAGUGAUCGUCAUUUUUAAAUUUAACCCUAUAAUUUUAGAUUAUUUUAAAUUUUGUUGUUACAAUAUUUUAUUAUUUGAACGUUAACAUUUUUGAAUUAUCUUUUUUAAUAAAAAUAGCAUUUUAUUUAAACAAAAUUAAUUAUUUUUUAUUUAAAUUAAAAAUAUGUUGUAUAAACUAGUUAGUUUAUAUAGAUAAUUGUAUAUAGAUACUUACAUUAUACCAUAAUUAUUAAUUAUUUAUAUGUGUAUACAAAUUGAUAAACAAUAUAUUUUAUAAAAUGAAAAUAAAUCAAUUAAUUGAUUUAUGUAAAAUAUGUUGUUGAUUUCCAUUUGAUAAAACCAAACAAGAUCUGGUAAAAUGUUGAUUUUUAAUUUACUGAUUAAUUGAACUUAUUUGCAUUUAUAAAUUUAAAAAAAAAAUUAUAUUAUACAAUUUUAUAAGAUUUAUUCUGUGUACUUAUGUGUACAUAGUAUUAAGUACUUGAUAUAAGUACGAAAUUAAAGCUUGCCCAUAUAAAUUACAGAUCUUUAUAAUAUUCCAGAAAAUAGAUAUCGAGAAAGUUGGAAAGCUACUUUUUGGAUUUAUACUUUUUCAAUAUUUUACUUUCGGUUUAUAUAUUUUCGGAAAUUUUAACUCUUCUAGCCUUUUUGUUUUCUGGGUUUCAACUAUUUUCUGUUAAUUUCUUUAUUUUAUGGAAAAAUACAUUCUUUAAAAUUUUUGGCCAUCUGGCUAUUUCUGACAACUGACAUGUUCCUAAUCUAUAAAAAUAAAUCUAUUUUAGUUAUGGGCACCUGCAGGAAAUUUAUCAAGAGAUCAUAAUAAAAUUAUAUAGAUAGGUACUCAAAAGUAUAUUCAAAAAAAGUACGGACAUACUUCGCACAAUGGGUGAGCCACUGUGGUAGACAAGAAGUUUGGAAAGUAGAGGGAAAAUGUAAUAUAAGCAACAAUUAACUAUUGCUAACGAAAAACUAUUCUAAGCGAAGUUCGGUGAAUAAUGUUGCUUUAUCAACAUUAUAUUUGUCAUAUUAUGGUAAUAUAAUUAUAUUACAUAAUUACAUAUGUAUUAUAUAUUUUCUUUAAUAAUAUUUUUUUCUAAAACGAUUUUCGUCAAACUUAAAAUUAAAAUUUAUAUAAAACAAAUUCUACAUUAAUCUCUAACUUUUUUUUUUUUUUUAACCACAAAGUACGACUAAUAAUGAAUCUCCUGUUAAAUUUUCUUGCAUUUCUGUUUGGUUUAAUAAUUUUAAUACCUACUGAACAAAAAUUACCAAAAUAAACCUAACCUAACUUAACCGUAAAAAUUAAAAUGUCCAUAAAUAGCUUAAAAAUGGCUGCAAUGUUUUGAACAUUUUACCACGUCUAGAAAAGACAAAUAUAAGUUUUCUGUUGAAACUUCAAGCCUCUACAAAUAUGUUUAGCUGAAUCAAAACAAAAUAAAAAAUUCAAUACAUUUCGUACAUUUGCCUAUUCCAACGUUUUUUCCGGAUUUUUCUGAUUUAUUAUGAAAACAGCUGGGAAAAUAAAAAAAUGACCUCCUUUAAAAUCGAAAAAAAUUUCUGGUAGAAAAGUUGUUCAUAGAUAAAAAAAAAUAAAUAAAUAAACAUCAUUGUUAAACUAAUACAUUCCUCGCUCCGCUCAGAAUCUAAAAAAGUUCAUUCUUUGCAAACUAAAGAAUAAAUCUAAAAAGUACAUUAAGAAUUGUUUUAUUUGUUAUUAAAAAAAAACUGAAGUCGCCUUUGUUCUAUUGUGAACCAAUCUUUCAAUGGAUUUUUUUUUAAUAUUAACCGUUUCAUGAUGAACGCGUAAUUUAUAUAGAUCAUGUAAUCGAUCUUCACCUAUCUUAAACCGAAGCCAAAUUUUAACUCUUCGUAAAGUACUAAAUGUAACUUGUAGCUGGUAAAGAUUGAACCCGAUUGUUAGAUACAUUUUUUAUAUUGAUUGUUAUAAUUUUUGAACCUUGCGAAGUUGUUUUAAUUUAUAAUUGUAGAAGUCUAUUACGAAAGUAUUGUUUUUUUCUUUGUCAAUUUCAAAUCUAUAAAUCUAUACUAAAGUCAAAAUAUCAAUGAAAUAUUUAUUUAAACAAUAAUAAAAAUUAAAAUGUUCAAAAUUGUAAUUCUCCAUCUUGUCCCUCCUCUCCGGGCUCUCAUAAUUCUAUUUAUUAUUGGAAAGUACCAGUAUCAGUAGGUAUAGAUCUAAUGGUUUUAUACUUAUUAUAACAUAGUUUAAGAUAUUUUCUUAAUGAAAAAAACAUUAUUGUAUACAUAUUUGAUAUAUUUAUAUGCCUAGAUAUACUUACAUAUUCACGGGUGUAUGUAAUUAUUUUAAAUUAAACUUUAUUGUGUAAAUAUGGUAGCAAUUUAUACAUACAAUAAAAGACGCGAUCACGUACAUUCAUAAUAUUUUAAACAUACAUGCAUUGAAUGUUUGCUGAUUCAUUCAAUAUUUUCUACUCUUUUGUGAUCGCCAACUAGUAGGUAUCUAAUAAGUAAUAGGAUAAAUAGAUGAAAAACGAUCUAUUGUCUACGCUAUACAUUGAGUAAACAAUAUGUAAUCAUGGACUAUAUUACAUAUUACAUCUGUAAAAUCUAUAUUGACUAUACAAGUUAUAUGUAUAAAUUCAACACUAGGAAAUUAUGAAUGUGAAAAUGUCUAGACUUAGAAUUAUAGUUUGAUACAAAAUUGAAGUCAAAAAAAAAAAAAUAGAACAUAGUAGAUACUCGAGAUUUUGAAUUAUGUUAAAGACGGAAAACUACAAAGCUGGUUUGUCACCAUUGUUUUCUGGUAAACUAUCAAUUUUGAGAUUUUCAAUUAAAUUCAUACAUGAUCAUGGAUUAUAUAAUGGACAAUUAUAGUAUGACAAUAGAGAAAAAUGAGAGGUAUUAUUUAAUAUCUAGUUGGCCAGCUAUAAAAAUGAAACUGCAAAUUUCUGGUAUAAAUGUAUUCAAUUAUUUUUCAUAGAUUUUAUAUUACAAUAGUUGGAUAUUUUUUGCUAAGAAUGCUAAAACGUAUAAUUAUUUUGGAACUCAGUGCUGCAAAGCCAUGAUGUUCGGAGUAUGCGGUGCAUAUGUGUACAAGGCCUAUGUAAAUUUGAAGGGUCUUUAAGAUUCUGAGUGUUUCAAUGGAUGUAUUAGUUUUUAUAUGAUGUGUUUUUUUGUCAGUAAACAAAUUUUUGAUCAGAAAACUUGUUCCAAACAACGACUUUUUUUGUUUUAUUGUGCAUUUAGUCAGUGUAUUAAAUAAAAGUCACUUUUUUGAUUUUCCAAUUGGUUUUCAUAAUAAUUUAGAAAAACCUAAAACAAAAUUAUUAUUGAACAAAACUGAAAAAAUAUAUACACACCCAAAGGCGUUAACGAUUUCAUUAUUUUACUUUUUUACGGUUAUUCAUUUUUUUUUAUCUGAAAUUUUGCUUCAAUUAAUAAACUUCAAUGACCUUUAUUGUUGUAUUCAAAAUUUAAUUUGUUAGUGAAAAAGUUGUGUUUUGAUUAUCUCACCAAUUUUCAUAAUAAUUUAGAAAACCCUUAAAAAAACCACAGGAAAUAUGGGAGUUCAGAUCAAAUUUUGAUGUAAAUCUUAAAAAUUAGUGCAUUUCAAAACAUGUUGGUAUAACUGAACUUCGCUCAGAAUUGUUUAGCAAUAUUUUAUCAUUGCUUAUGUAUACAUAAAUUAAAUACCUAACUUUAAGUAUUGUAGUUUCCAAAUUUUCCACCUAUAACAGCCCUUCAGCCCACACAUAAGCAGUAUUAGGUCUCCUUUUUUGUUUGCCCACCUUAAUUUAUGGCCUCGAGAUCAAAAAUUGUAAAUGUGGCACUACUUGGUGGGACCUAAUAUAGGUAACUAUAACUCUGUAAUAGACUCUGUAAUCUGUUUUUUUGGCACUAAACUAAUAUAGUAAUAUAAUAUAAGACAUUUAAUAGUUUAUUGAGCAUAUUGAUAUCAUAUCCUAUUUGGGCUUAGUAAAUCAUAGUUUUAUUGAUUUUUAUAAUAGUAUAAACAAAUUUUGUUUUUUAAUAUUAUGCACGGGUAUUUAUUUAAAGUUAUGUUUAAGCUAAAUAGGUACUAAAUUAGAAUUAUAUCAAGUAUUAUGUUAGAUAUAUAGGUUUAGAUAGGUAUAAAAUAUACAUACUCAUAUAUUUCAUAGAGGUUAUAAUAAUUUGACCUUUGUGAAUGGCAAAACCUUUCAUGGAAUUACUGUGAAAGUAGAUUGAUUAUACACACCUUUCUGUCAACAAUGUGCUUCACAAAAAUAAUAAUAAUAAUAUAUAAAUAAAUUUAGUCUUAUCCGUGCUUGUAUCAUAAGUGAUUGUUAUGAUUUUUUCAUUGUAAAGUUUUCCAUCUAUACCAUAGUUACCUGUAUAUUAUAUAGUUCUCACUUACAUCUGUUAUUGUGGUGAAGAACAUAUUAGUAAUAAAUGUUUUGUAGAAAAAUCAUAAAAUUUACGGUAAUCUCACGGCGUGUCUCAGGAUUUUUGUAUUGUGUCAUUCUAACUAGUUUUGCUCGUUUUUUUUAAAAAAUUAUAAUAUUAAUAAACUUUUUUUUACAUAGUACAAUAAUUCACGUAUAAAUGAAAAAAUAGUCUAUAAAAAAACCAUGUAUAUAUUAUACGAGAAACUCAAUUAAAUAUUUUUUGUUUAAAAACAUGAAAUAAUGGAGAAUAAAAAUUGAUUAGUAUUAAUUUUAUUUAUUUAGAUUUAUAGGUAGUAAAUGUGUAAUGUAAACCAGUAAAGUCAUUAAAUAAGCCUGAGAUAGGAUUUUUACUUAGAAAAUAUACAGGUUCCUACCUAGGAAAUUUCUUAUUUAUAAAGUAAAGUAUAAGUUAUAAUUACUUAAUUACAAAAGUAAUAAUUAUAGAUUUUUACUGAAUUAACGACUAUGAGAUGAUCAAAUGAUUAGUAACAGUACAUUUGGGGUACCUGUUUGUUUUUAUGAAGAUCCAUUGAAACAGUUUUCAAUUGGUGUAAAAUAAGAAAAAAAAUAUUUCAUUAACAUAUUAUUUAUUUAAAUGAAAAGGCUUAUAAAAAAUAUUUUAUCUGUUGACUGUAUAGUGUAGUUAUAUUGGAAUGAAAAUAAUUUUGUAACAGAUCAAAGAUCAGUGAACCCAGUAAAAAAAAAACGUGCCUACAAUACAAAAAUGACAUGGACAACUCUGUAUUAUAUACUGUUGAAAAUAUUUAAAGCUAAAUGUGUUAAAAAUUAUUAGAUUUUUGAUAAAAAUUGUUUUCUGUGAUUAUUACCUAAUAAGCUACAUAUUAAAAUUAAUUACCAUUUAAUAUUGUAAUAAUAUUAAAUAUAAUAUGUAUAAAUAAAAAUAUAGUAUAAUUGUAAGUUUGGUUGAUUUCUAUAAAAUGUUAAAUGAUUUUAUUGAAAUUAUACAAAUAUUGAGUCUAUUAGUAUUUUACUCAUUAGUUUAAAUUUGUUCAAUUGUCAACAAUUAAUAGAUUAAGUUGAUUAUUAUUUAUUUGAAUACAUUUUCAAAAACUAUUUAUUAUAUACAUUUGUUUAUUAUUAUUUAACAUUGGCAAAUAUUUUAAAAAUUUAAUUUGUUUGGUUUUAUUAUACAAGUAUAAGUAUUUAUACAAAACAUGUGUAGAUAUAUAAUAUUUAUUUGUUAUUAUUAUUAUAGUUGUACAAUAUUAAUACAUUUAUACAUUUAUAAAUAGUGAAAAAUCAUAGCAAUAAAAAAAUGGUCUGUUUUCUUCAUUAAAUAUAUAUAAUAUAUAAAUACUGAAUGUUUAUGUUAAAUAGGAUCAAUACAAACAAAUAUUGACUGGCAAUCGGUUUUUGGAAAGCCAUCUUCAUAAAAACCUAAUUGAACACUUGAACACAGAAAUAUUUAUGGGUACCAUUAACAAUGUUACAGUUGCAAUGGAUUGGAUGCAAUCAACAUUUUUGUACAUCAGAGCUUGUAAAUCACCUCAAAAUUAUGGAAUGAUCAAAACACUUAAUGUUAAUGAAGUAGAACAUAAACUACAAAGUUAGUACAUACAAUUUCCAUUUUGUUUAAUAAUUCAUAGCUUAUAUUAUAGCUUUAAAUAAUCAAAUAUGGUAUCGCAUAUUUUAGAUUUAUGUUUAACGUCGAUAAAAUCAUUAGCAUGCACUGGAUUAAUCAACUGUUUUGAUGGAAAUAAUAAAAUAAUUUCAAAACCAGAAGGUGAAAUAAUGAAUAAAUAUUCAAUUAGUUUUGCAACAAUGAAUUUGUAUAUGCAAGUAUGUUUAUAGUAUAACAUUAUAUAAUAUAUUAUUAUAGAUAGAGUAAUUUUAAAAUAUUUUUAGUCAGAUUAGAACAGACAUUAACUUUGGUGUUAAAUUAUCUAUACCUAUAUUUCAAAGGUGCUUUUUGAAAUUCUGUAGUAUGUCCACAUUUAUUUUAAAAUAAUUACCAUUAAAAAUGGUAAUAAUGUAAAAUUUAUGCACGUAAUUACAAACUUUCUCUGGCUGUUAAAAUAUAACCUUUAAAACAAAUUAUUGACAAUUUUAAUUUUAUAACAAUAAGUCAGUGUAUGUUUCAAAAGUUUUAUGUAGGACAUUUAAAUAAUAAUAUUUUUGCUGUGGUCAAAUUAUUGUUUUUAUUAUAAACUAAAUUUUAAUUCUGUUUUUAAAUUUAUUUAGUUAAAAGGAACUGAAAGUUUGCGUGAUAUGUUAAGAAUAUUAACUUGCUCUAAAGAAUUUGAACAUAUUAAAUUUAGGCGAACUGAUAAAGAAAAUUUAAAUAGUUUGAACAAAAAUCAACAAUCAAGGUCAAAUAUUAUAAGAUUUCCUAUUGAUGAAGGAAUAAAUACUCGAGAAACUAAAAUAAAUUGGUAUUAUUAUUAUGGAAACAAUAUGUUAAUUGGGUUUACUUCUAUCUUUAUUUCUGUAUGUCUUUGUAGUCUAUUGCAAGCAAUCCUAGGGUCAUUAAAAAUUUCAAAUGGUUUACUAGCCCAAGACGCGCAUACUAUUAUAUUGAUUUCAAUACGAUUGACCAAAGGUAGACUUUAGAGUGUUUUUAAAUAAUUCGAAUUAUAUUUGUUCAAGAGUAAUUAUAUUUGAUUUAGCUUUAAAAGAAAUUGCAUUCAGAGGUACGAUGUUUGAAAGUGCGCGAUCAGCAUGUAUAUUAGCAAAAUGCAUAAUAACAAAAUUAUGGGAGCAAUCUGAAUAUGUUUCAAAGCUUAUCCCUAGAGUAGGACUUGUGUUGUCGGGACUUUUAGUUUCCAAUGGAAAAACAACAUUGGAAUCAAUUAGUGAUACAGAUCCUAGAGAAUUAGAAAGGGUAAGUUGUAAACAGAUUAUGUAAAUUAUGUAAUAUGUAAUAAUAAUUUUAUGAUAUAUUAUUGAAUUUUAUAAUAAAGAAAAUAUUUAUACAUACUCAUACAUAUUGCAAAUAAUAUUGUUAUCAAUGUAUCUAGUUUUUAAAAUAAAUAUUGAAUCAAUUGAAAUGUUGCUAUAGGUAUGUAAUGAAAAAAUUAAAAAAAGAUGAGUAGAUAAAUAAAUAUUUUCUUAUAGCUUUUUAAUUUCAAAUUUAUCAAUAAAUAGUAGAUGUAUUACUAUAUAUUUAGUAGUAAGCUUUAGUAACUUUUCAAUGUAGCAAUAUAAUAUUGUAUAAUCCCAUAAAUGGUCAUAGGAAUUGUGAUGAUGACACCAUAUAUAUAUAUAUAUAUAUAGGAUUCUACUUUUUGUUUUAUUAUCCUUGACACAGUGGGUCAAAUCACUCACGUGAUAAGUUUAAAAAAAAAUUAUUUGAAAACUUAAAAAAUAAAUAAACAAUAAUACAUUAAUUACUUAUAUUAUAGUGUACGAUAAAUUUACAACAUGUUACUAUACCUGUUGAUGGUUAAUUAAUCAAUGAUAUUUAGUAAUAUUCCUAAAUUUGCUAAUGUGAUGUGAUUACAUUGGUAUGUUAGAUACUUGUGUAUAAUAAUUAAUGAUUUUUUUUUCACAAAUAACCAAAAACAAAUUUAAGUGAGUAGUACAUAUGGUAUGCAAAUUUGAAUUAUUGAGUAGGUAUAUUAUAAACUUAUUAAAUAGGUGUAGAGUAAAAUUACAGAAAAUGUCAUGUUUAAAUGUAUGUUUUGCUCCUAAACAAAACUUAUACUGCUGAUAUGUAUGCCAUUUUUAUAGAUUGGAAGUUGGGAAGGUUGGAUACAUAAAAUAAUUUUUGAUAAAAAAAAUACAAUUUUGAGUGAAGUUUGAUACCUUAAACUUGUUUUUUUAAAUGUCAUAUUUUUUUUUACAUUUUUUUUUAAAAAUAUAUACUUAAAUUACUUAUAAAUAAAAAAUUCCUCAUUAUGUUCAACUUUUUUUCACCACUAAUUACAAUUUGAAAUUAAUCUCGUAUUAAAUAUUUAAGCAUCUUUGUUUUGCUAAAUAAUUGUUUCCACGUAAAACCAUGUAAAAGCUAAAAAUAUUUUAAAAUAUUAAGUAGAUAUAAAUAUGAAUAUUUUAUCAAGUCCAUAAACAAAGUAAAAAAAAAAAUUUCAGGAUAAUCGGGACAGGUGUAGCCACUGUUAUAAGAAAUUUAAUGUAUAUCUGUAAGUAACAAUAAACCAUUGUUUACGAAAAAACAAUUCUGAGCGAAGUUAAGUUGAUAGUGAUGCUUUGUCAACAAUAUAUACUACAUUUAAUUAAUUAAAUAGACCUUUUAUAUUUUUUUUAAUAAUAGUUGUUUAAUGUUGUACCAAUUUUACUAGUUUUUUUUACGUUUUUCCCGGUUUUUCAAAUUUUAUGAAAAAACUCUUGUGAAAAUCGAAAAAUGACCUUUCUAAGACACAAUAAAGAGAUUUAUAUGAAAAAACCAAUAUACUCGCAUAAUUAAAAUGUAAACAUCUAGAGUGGCUGGACCAUGUGUGUAGAGCUGAUGAAGUUUUAUUAAAAAAAUUUCUGAUGUAAAAAAUAAAUAAAAACGUCCACUUGGAAGACCAAGAACAAGAGGGAAAUACACCGUAGAAAAGGAUAUGAGGUUGAUAAAUGGGGUUGCAAUGGUCAACUGUUAAAAACAUUCAAUACAAACAUUAAGAUUUAGGAUACAACCAUAAUUGUAUAUAUUUAUUUGCAACAUAGGCUUUUAUUAUUUCUUUACAUUUUGAGUGUAGUAAUGAAUAUAUUAGUUUCACUAAUAUGUAUUAUUUUCUGCCUGUAAACAACUUUUCUACCAGAUAUCUUGAUUCAAUUAAAACUGUGCAAUUUUUUUUUCUAAUUGAGUUUUUUUUGUUAGUACAUUGUGAUAAAUUUUUAUUUUCUUUGUAGUUUUCUAAAUAAUUUGAAAAACCGGGAAAAUGUAUGCAAUAACCGGAAAAUCAGACAUUUUCAAAGAAAAUGUAUUAUUAGCUCUUUAUAGAUCUGGUAAAAUCUUCAAAAGAUUCUGGCAAUUUUUUAGUUAUUUAUAGCCAUUUGAGCCAUUUUUAUUUUGUUGUUCUAUAUAGAUACAAUUUUUCUGGAAAAUUAAACACCAGAUUUAUCAUUAUUUGUUCUGAGUAUUUAUAAAUUGAAGUGGUCAGGAAAUGUUGAGUUUAAUACAAUAUUAUUUUUUCAAAGCGUUUAAAGUUCAAAUAUUUAUGAAAAUCAUAAAAAUUGUUGAAUUUUAAUAGAUGUUUAACCAAACGUUACUUAAAAUAAAUUUUAUUAAUAAAGAUUUAUUGUUGCAUACUUAUAUAAAUUAAAUUAUUUUCUAUAUUCUACAUUCCCAACUUCUCACUUCCAACAGUAUCAGCUCUUGUUUCUGAUGGUAACUUUAUUUUUCAAUUAAAGAAUAGGCUUAAGCAACUACGUAUAUAUUAUAAUAUAUACUAUAUUAGAAUUUUUGUAUAAUAGUUAAUUAUAUAUUACAAGAAACAUUCUUCUUAUUAGUGCAACACUUGAUUUUACUUUUAUUAUAUUUUCAGAUUUUGAAACGUAAUGCACCAUUUGGUAAUCAUAUACUUGAUUUUAUUACACAAAUCCCGAAAUAUAAAGUUCGAGUAUCUUUUGACAAAUAUAUAAAAUUAUUAAUUCUAAAAAUUUCUUUAAUGGAUUACAGUAAUAUUUCAAAAACUAUAAGAUCUCACACCAUCUCAAUUUUAGUGGGCGAUUCUGAAAAUUGCCUUCUAAAAGCUCAUCAAAUAUGGUAGGCAUUAGUAUUAUGAUGUAGUUAACACAAUUUAUUAUGUUAAUGUACAAAUAACAGUAUUGUUUAUUUUUAUAGUAAUGAAGAUUUUUUGAAACAAGAAGGGGUCAUAGAUAUGACUGUAUUGUUAAAAAAUGAAUGUUUUUUUCACAUACCCGACUAUACAGUUACUGUUUGUUUAAUAAGUGAUCAGUGGAGUAUGUUUUAGCAUAAUACAGUAUUAAUGUAUUAUGUGUUCAUAAUUUGAUAAAAUUAAUGAUUGAUUUUUUUCUUCAUAGUUGGAAUUGAUAUUGAGAUAAAAUUAAAUCUAGACAAUAGCAAAGAGUAUAUUAAAGAGUCAACAAACGCAGAGCACAAAAAAAGUACUGAGGUAUAUCCAUUAACAAUGUUCCAUUCUUCAAAACCAAUAAACACAUGAAUUCAGUAUAAUCAAAAUAUUAAAGUUAUAUUUUUAAAAUUUGUUAUAUUUUGUUUAAUCAGCAUUAUAAAAAAAUGGAACAAAUUUCAAUAAACGAAAAUGAAAAGAAAAAAUGUACAACACAAAUGAAUAUAAAAAAAUAUGUAUGUAAUGUCUUUUCAAAAGAUCAAGAUCAAGACCUUAAAGUCAUAAACAAACUGCACAUGGAAGAGAAUAAUAAAAAAAAAAACCACGCUAAUAAAAGUAGAGAUGCAACCCACAAUGUUACCGGUAAAAUGAAGAUAGGAAUGAAAACUAAAAAUAAUAACAAUGGUAUGAGAUAUAAAUUAUGACUAGUUGUCACAAAGCUGUAAAAUUUAAAUUAAUUUUUUUUAUUUAUUGUUUAUUAAUUAUUUUUUUAUAUUAUUAUUAUAUGAUAGGUAAAAUAAAUUACUGUUUUAAAUCCAAUAAAGAUAAUUUAAAUAAGUAUUUCUCCUACAAUGAGUAAGUUAUAUUUAUUGAAAUAUUUUUAUUAUACAGAGUGUCUUACAGUGUAAUUCUUUUGCUAAUAAUUCUGUCAUUGCCUAAUAAUUUCUCUACGAUCCUCACAAAAAACCAGAUGAAAAAUGAAAAAUGAAUAUUGAGAGAGUUAUUAGCAUAAGGAUAACACUAUAGGACACUCUGAUAGAUAAAAACUGUUGCCUAAAAUGUAUUACUGUAUUGAAGGUUGAUGAAUGACAAUAUAUUCUGUGAUUUAUUCCUACCUGAUGAUAAUUCUUGUAUCAUCUCUGAAACAUUUGAUUUGGCAGAGAAGUGUUGUUUCAGAGAAAGUAAACUAUUUUUAUUUUAAAUUUAUAUCACAUUUUAAUUUAAAAAUUGAAAUAAAACAUUAUUUGUACUCAUAGAUGCAAUGCAAACGGAAUAUUGGACAAAUAAUACCCAAAUCAAAGUUGUAGAUCCGUGAGUAUUAUUAUAAUUAUACAUUUCUGGUCUUUUACUCUUUUAGAAAUACAAUUUUAAAAUUAUUUUAUUUCAAUCAUAUUUUUUCUUGGAGCAUUGACAAUGUAUAUUUCAUAAACAUUGUAUUGUACAUUGAACAUUGAAUAAUGUUUAUAGGAUAUAGAUCAUAGAAAGAUAGAAUAUUUUUUUUUAUUUAUGUAAUACUAUUUUUAUAUUUUCUUAUUCUUUAUAAGGAUAUUGAUCUUUAUUUUUAACACUACUCAUAAAAUAGAAUACAUUAUCACAUUUUAUCUAAUUGAAUAUAAAAUGAAAUGCAUAUGCAUAAUAGUACACAUUGUAUAGUUUAAAAAUUAAUUAUAUAAUAAUAUUCAUCUAGACAAAAAUUAAAUUGUUUCUAUUUACUUAUUAUUAUUUUCCUGUAUUAUUUAUUAAUGUAUCCCUAAAAUUAUUGUCAAUAUCAAAUUAUCCAUUGAAUCAGCAACAACUAGUCGUAAACAAGAUCUGGGAGUUAUUUUCUCUUCUGACCUUAAUUUUUUUACAGUUACUUAAUCGAUUCGUCUAUUAUGAAUUAACCACCUAAUAUUUAAAUUUUUUAGAAUACAAUUGCAAUGUUCAAGAAAUGCUUUACCAAAUGAGAAAUUGGAAAAUAAUAAAUUCAUAAAUCUUGACAAAUAUAAUAAAAUUGCUCACAAGAAAAACAGUCUUUGUUUUAAUGGUAAUAAGUAAUAAACUAAUAACUAAUAAGCAAUACCUAUUCUAAAGGAUAUGAAUAUAUAAUAAUAAAACAUCUAGGUAUAUUUUAAACUUUUAUGGCACAUAUCUAUAGUAUAAAAGUAUACCAGGUGAUUUUUUUUUUAUUUUUAAACACUCAUUAUCUCAUGAAGUAUUAACUCUUUUUGGAAUCUGCUGUACAGAAAAUGUAAAAAAUAAGCAGUUCUACAAUUUUACAUUUAUAUUAUUUUUUAUCAGCCUAAUUUUUGGGAGUGAAACAAUUACCUACUUUUUAUUUUCAAAGGGCAACUUAUAUUAAACAUUCCAUAAUAAAUGGUAUUAGUAAAAAAGACGUCCUAGAAUAAUGAGGACGGGUGCAGCUACUGUUAUAGAUAACUUAAUGUAUACGUGUAAGCAACAAUAAACCAUUGCUUACAAAAAAACGAUUCUGAACGAGUGAAGUUUAGUUGAUAGUUAUGCUUUAUUAACAAUAUAUGUGUCAUUUUAUAGUAAAAUAAUUAAAUAGGUUUUAUAUAUUUUUUUUUUUAAUAAUAUUUGUUUAAUGUUGUACUGAUUUUCCCAGUUUUCAUACGUUUUUCCAGUGUUUUUUUAUCCGGGUUUUUAAAAUUUUAUGAGAAAACUCUUGAGGAAAUCGAAAAAUGACCUCCUUAAAGUACCUUCCCAUGCCAAUUUCCUUUCAGAUAGUGCUACACUUAGAAAUCCGAGUAAGUCUUCUGGUAGAAAAAGUAUUUACAGAUAAAAAAAAAAUAAGCUUUUCGCUCCACUUAGAACCUAAAAUAAAUUAUGGUACUGAAACUUUUGAUUUCCGUCAAUUUGUUGACGAGAUAUAUUCUACUUUUAAGUUUGGGUCGGGGGAGAGUAGUGGAGUAUCAUUUGUGUGACGGCAUGGUGCGCAACGUUAUAAUAAUACAAUACUACUCUUCCCUGAUCCAAACUUAAUUGUGGAAUAUCUCGUCAACAGAUUGACGAAAAUAAAAAAUGUUAUCACCAUAAUUUACUUUAGUUAAUACUUCAUUUAUUUAUGGAGUUUUUAAUAUAGGUUGUCCGUUGAAUACAAAAGUAGUUAGUGGUUUUACCCCCGAAAAUAAGGGUAAUAAAAUAUAACAUAAAAGUAAAAUUGUGAAAUUGCUUGGCUCUGAAAUGUUCUACAUAACAAAUUCCAAAAAAAGUUAAUAUUUUUCGAGAUAAUGAGUGCUUUACGAUGGAUAUAUUUUAUGCAAAUAAUCUUGAAAUUAAAUAUUGAAUUAUGAAAGUAUAAUAUUACUCAGACAGUGAAAAUAUAUCAUCUGAUGUGUUAGUUUUCCAAAAUAUAUGCAUUUUAUUUUAUUUUUCAAUAGAUCUGUUAUUAGAAAAUAAAGAAAAUGUCAAUCCAAAUAAAUUAGAGCGGUGAGUAUAUGAUGAUUAUUAGUUUUGAAUAGCAAUUAAAUUUUGAUUUUUAGUAAUAAUAUAUACUUUUAUUUACAACACAGACUAAAAAAACGCUCGUUACGUAUUUUAUCAAGUAAACUAUUUGGGAAACCAUCAACGCAGACAAUACACAAAUCUGAAGUUAAGAGCAAUCAUUCCAUUAAUGACAGUAAAAUGUCAAAUCAUAAUGUGUCUUCAAAGAGGUAUUUUUAUAAAACGAUUAUUAUUAUUUUAAUAUAUUUUUUAAUUAAUUAAAUAAAACUGGAGUUUAUAUAACUAUAUUUAUUUAAAUCAGCGUACUGCCAAAAGAAAAAUUGUCAGUGAAUGCAGUCAUCGAUGGCAAAUCCAGUAAAACUGCAACACAGUUUGAAGCUUCAAGAGAUUUCCUGGUAACGAAAUUUGAAUCUUCCACUCUAAAUAUUAUAGCACCUACUUCUGGUUCUACUUCUAACCUUACUUCUGGUCACUUAACUCGUCAAAUCGAAGCCAAUUUGAAAGUCACGUCCGAUUUUUAUGCCAGUCAUAAACAAUUUUCUGAAUUUGCCAACGAUAGUGGUAGCAGCAGCUGUGGAGAAAAUGUUCUUAAAUUCGUGUGCGAUUAUAGCUACGAACAGACAAAACCGGAUGCUGUUGGGCCUUUUACUGAAGCAUCUGGCUUGAUUGCGUAUCAUCACUGUCCCAGUGAUAAAGUUACCCUAGACAAGUUUUUCAGAGCAUCGAAAUAUUUACGGCGAUUUAAAGCCCCAAACACUGAUAAACUUGACUCGACUUACGACUCAAUGAAAAGUUGGAUGUGUGGGGAUGGCGAAAAAAGGAGUUCGAAUGCUGUCAAACGAAUCAAAUUUAUGCAUGAACCCCUAGAAACAAGUUUCGAAGACGUUCAUAAAUUAUUCGCCCAUCGUUUUACUAACCGUAGUGAGUAUCACCAAAUAUCUACAUACUUGUUAUAUUGAAUACACGUGUGUCUUUUAAUUGUUAUUGCAGUUAGAGGAUUAAGUUUCUAUAUGAUAAUAUUAUGUUUUAAGUUAUAUUACACGGCAAUAGUUAGAGGUGUCCUGUCACAAAGGUUUGGGUAUUAUUUUUAAUUGGUGACGAUGAAAAUAUUGUGUAAUACAAUACCCAUUCGGGUCGUUAAUUCUUAAGUAUAUUCGUGCUUAAAAUUGGAAAAUUAUCAAAAGACAUUUUUUAUACUAAGGUACCUAUAUUAAAACCAUGUUGUAGUCUUGCAUGUGUAUCUAUUGCGUGAUGUGCUAUGAAUAAUGUGUUGAAAUUUUAAAGAGACGGAUAUUUUUAGGACUAUAGGCAAUAUUAAAUAAUUAUAGUGUAUUAGAAAACAAAAUAUCGAAUCGUUCGAAUAAUAACAAAUCAUUUCUAUUUGUGUAAUUUAAUAUAGUGAAUACGCGUAUAUUUUCAUAACAUCAUUAGUCUACAGUUUAUACCACGGUAGACUGCAGUAAUGUUCUUGCGUCUGGAGUUCUAUAGAUGACGUAAUUUUUAAAACGUAUCGCUGCCGUAAGCCACUACGUGUCUACGUAAUUUUUGCCGGAGUUUAUUAUACAGAGAUUAAAAUAAUUUAUUGCCAAUAUCUUUGGUCGAUAGCAUCGCCGUAUCGAAUUGUUUUUAAUAUUUAUUUAGGUGCCUACAACAUUAUUAAUUCUGCCGAACAACCGAGUGUUUUAUAGUAUUAUUUUUAUUGGUUUUGACUAUUUUCUCACAUAAAAAUUGUUGAUCUUUUGGCCAGUGGUAUUUCAUAAUUAGUUGAUUAAUACCAAUAAAUGGUAAUUUUGGGGGAUGGCUGGAUUCAAUAACACUAAAAUAACAUGAAAUAAUCCACUAAAUGUCACAAUUAUAUCUUAUUUCUUAGUAUCAAUUUAAAAAUAAGUUUACAAAAUCCCCCUCCGAAAAAAGAUCUUAAACAAUAGUCCAAAAAUUCGUACUAUAUUUAGAUUCAGGGCACAGCGAGAAAUGUAUUGGUCUUGUUAUAAAUUUUCUGUCUUUAAACAACUUUUCUACUAUAAAUAUUUUAGUGUUUUUUUUCGGAGUACAUUGUAACAGUGGCGUAACUAAAACAUAAGCAACAAAGCAAAAUAGCCAAUUAGCAAAAAAAAAAAAAAUGUAAUUGUGUAUGUACACUACCUAACCAAAUGCCAUUUCAAUCCGAGGUCACUAAACAGAAAUAUUUUGUGUUAUCAUUUGAAUGAAACACACUAUAUAAUAUGUUUAUAUACCGAGUAAUCCUUUUAUCGUUAACAAUCAUUUAAUAGUCAUUAUCUUGGAAAGUAUUAACUUUUUUUGGAAUCUAUUUUAUUCCCUAAUAUCUAAUGGAAUACUCCAAUAAUGGCGGUAAAUGGUUAGAGAGAAAAUCCGAAAUCUCCUUCCAUUUAAUGUUCCAUCAUAAAAAUAGAGGCCUAUUAUGGAAUCUCCAAUUAAUCCACACCAUAUACAUUUGUUGGAUGGGGACAUAUAGACCGAUAGUUUGGCCGGAGCGUUCACCUGAUUUGAGGCCUCUAGAUUUUUUUCUUCAAGAACAUUUAAAAACUGUAGUUUAUACUGACUCACUGAUAAGUCUCCAGCAUUUAAAACAAAAAGGCUCUGAAGCAUGCAUACAACUGACAAACAAACAAAUCAUGGCAGCUACUUAAGAUGUAGUCAUACAACGUUUAGAAGCAUGUUUACAACAUAAUGGACAAAACUUUAAACAAUUUAUAAGAUAAUGAUAGCUGAUGAGUAUUUUAGAUUUUGAGAGGAGCAAAGAAGCUUAUGGUUUUACAAAGGUGUUUAUUUAAUUUGAUUUUUUUUUUUAUCUGUGAACAACUUUUCUACCAGAAAACAUGAUCAAAUAUAUAAGUAUAGCACUUUUUCUGAAGGAAAUUGGUGGAAGGGGGUUUUUUAGAGAGAUCGUUUAAUUGAUUUUCUCUGGAGUUUUCUCAUCAAAUUUAAAUAACUGAUAAUAGUCGUACUUAUUAUCUUAGUCUAACCAACGGAUAACAUAUCAAAGUUAUGUUACUUAGAAUUCAAAUUGUGGGGUAUUGGUUGAAAUUAGAAAUUUAUUUUUGUUAAUUACUAAUAACAAAAUGUAAAGAAAAUAUUUUCUCUAAAAAGUUAUAAUACAAAAAAGUAUUAUAGCUAUGUUAGUUUUUUGUUUUUUAAAUAGCUGCAACUUUUUUAAAAAAAACUUCAACUUCAUACAGUCUUCAAAAAUUGUUUUGUCUUUAUUUGUGUUUAAACUCUAAUUCCAACAUUAAAUGCCACAAUUUUUGUUCUAAAAAUGAUAGACUGAGACUGUAGAUAAUAGUAUGAUUUUAUUAAAUUGUUUAACUAAAAUAAAUGUAUGAUGGUUAAACAAUUAUUUGUAUAUUAUAUAUCUAUUUUAUGCUAUAUUAAGUACCUAUUAUUAGUUCUAUUUAAAGUUGAUUUUUAUAAAAGCCAUAAAAAAUUACCAACCAAUACCUAUAAUAAUGUUAUUUUAUUGGAUUUGUUCAAAAAAUAUUAAAAAAUAAUCUGUGUAUUUGUCUUCUCCAUUAAUAAAACCAAAUUCCAAUUACAUACAAUAGUGUUUGCAUAUCAAACCAAAAUAUAGAUUAAACCUUUAGCAAUAAUAUUGUAUACAUUAUAAUUUAUUUUUUGAUUCAUUUCAACCUUUUUUUUAAUUAUAUUAAUCUACUGUACCAAUAUAGAUGAAUAUAACAAAGAUGAUUCAGAAGUCUCCAGUGUUGCAACCAUUACUGCAAGACAAUACUUACGUUAUGAUUUACCCACGAGUACAAGUUAAAAAAAUAUGAAUGCAUAAAAACAAACAGCUAUGUUAUGUUGGUCUCAAAGACUCCAGUAUAAAAAGUAACCCAGUUAUUUUAAAAUAUAUUCUUAUAUUAUAUCUAUUUUUUAUUUAUUUAUUUUUAUAAUGACUAAGAAGUCCAG